AUGGCAUUGCAAUCGAUAAUCUCAUUGUCAGUGCUCUCUCUGGUAAUGCUGAUCCUGGCAAGAGGUUCUGAUGCUGGUGGAAUUGCUAUCUACUGGGGUCAGAAUGGAAAUGAAGGCACUUUAGCAGAGACUUGUGGGACAGGGAACUAUGACUUUGUGAACAUAGCUUUUCUUUCAACAUUUGGAAAUGGCCAGACUCCCAUGAUCAACCUUGCUGGUCACUGUGAUCCAUACAGUAAUGGCUGCACCAGCUUAAGCUCAGACAUAAACUCAUGUCAAGCAAAAGGCAUCAAGGUGAUUCUCUCCAUUGGAGGAGGAGCUGGGAGCUACUACCUUACCUCCAAGGAAGAUGCUGGACAAGUCGCAACUUACCUCUGGAACAACUUCUUGGGGGGGCAGUCGUCUUCUCGUCCACUUGGUCCAGCUGUUUUGGAUGGAAUUGACUUUGACAUUGAAGGAGGAACGAACCAACAUUGGGACGAUCUCACCACGUUCCUUUCUGGAUACAGCAAGAAAGGCAAGAAGGUGUACUUAACUGCAGCUCCGCAAUGCCCAUUCCCUGAUGCUUGGGUUGGAGGUGCCCUUAAGACUGGCCUUUUCGAUUAUGUUUGGGUUCAAUUCUACAACAACCCACCUUGCCAGUACACUUCUGGGAAUGUUGGCAGCCUUGAAGAUGCAUGGAAGCAGUGGACUUCAGAUAUCCCAGCCACGAAGAUCUUCCUAGGCCUGCCUGCAGCUCCUGAGGCAGCAGGGAGUGGCUUCAUUCCAGUAGCUGAUCUCACAUCUACUGUGCUUCCAGCCAUAAAGGGUUCUGCCAAGUAUGGAGGUGUUAUGCUGUGGUCCAAGUACUAUGAUGAUCAAACUGGAUACAGUUCGUCUAUCAAGAGCCAUGUUUAGAACCAAGCAUUUAUCUCUUUUUCUGUAUCUUCCCUGUUAAUUCCUCUA